AUGGCGUGGUCGUACCUCACCGGCGGUGCCGCGGCCGCGGCGCAGGAGCAACGAUCGACGAUCGACGCAUCCGCGAGCGACAUCGACCGCAUGAAAGCCGAACUCGCGCUCAAGGAUGAACAAAUCAAGCACGAACAAGCGCGCGUGUUGGCGCUCGAGUUGCAGAUUAAACUUCGCGAGCGCGACGAGCGCAUCGAACGGCUCGAACGCGAGCUGAAAGAGAGCGCGGAGAAAGCGCCGAGGUCGUCGUCGCACGGGACGCCGCAGUCGUACCCGCGCGCCUUCGCGUCGACCGCGCGCCCGCAAAACCGCGAGUCGGGAGGGACGAAACGCACGAGAGACUCGCGUGAUUACGCUUCAACCUCCUCGGACGACAAAGGUGACGACGACGGCGACGACGCGACGCGCUCGAGUCCAAACCAUGCCGUAAAAACGAAGACGUGUACCCCGUGGACGGUCGCGGAGGAGAAUUUCGUCAUGAACUACUUCGCUGGCGUCUGGGGCGGUAGUGCUGCGUCGCUCUUCCGGAACCGGGACUUUCUCGAGCGAUUGCGAGCCGUGAGUGGGAACAAAAGGACGAAGGGAGCGCUUGCGGCGAAGUGGUUUAAGGGUGGCCUCAGAAACGAACUCAAACGCAAAGCUGAAAAGUGCUUGCUGUACACGGAGGAGGAGGGAUUGAGGAUACCUUGCUGGAGUAAGGAGGAGGAAGAUUUCUUCAUGAAGCAUUUGAAGAAAAGUGGUUACCAAGUGAGCGAAGGAAGGUUCAUCCAUAAUUACCUGACUCAAGAUUUCCUCGAGCGUCUGGCUAAAAUGAACGGGGGCAUCAAACGAACUCAAAAGGACGCUUACAACAGGUUUUACAACACAACUUUUGAAAAGUACAAGAAGAAAUUACAAGCGACGGAGAAGGCGAGACAGGAAAACGGGGCGCUAACAAAGAAGCGAGAGAAGAAACUCAUCGAGAGUCGACCGACUGUGACCAAUGCCGACGGUCAAAUCACGGCAAAUGGCCGUAUCAAGCUUCAGAAGACGACCACGGCGAAGACCGGACCAAACGGUGAGAUCAUCCUGGUGCCGAUUCCCGGCGUCAAGUUUUGCCAUCGUUGCAAGCGCACGAACAGGGAGGGCAUGGAUUUCCAUGAGCAUAACUUCUCGACAUGUAUCAAGUGUCAUGACCGCGUAAAAGAAAUCGAAGAAGCGCGAAUCGCGGCCGGACUACCGCGCCGGGGAAAAGGUUCGAGCCCGCGCAACAAGCCCAAGGAAACCAAGUUGCCUCCGAUCGGAGCAGACGGCAAGCGGGACUUGUUGGCGUACGAAAAUAAAGAGAAAUGGUCCGAAAUGAUCAAGGCAGUCGUGGACGGUGACGUGCAAGUGUGUGCCGAUGUCAGAGAAAAGUUGAUCAAGGAUAAGCAGCUCUAUCGCAAUGUCGUCGCGUGGGAUAAAUCGAUCUUCUCCACCGCGGCGUUUUCGAGCAAGAAUCCGAUUCGUGUCAUCAGCUGGGCGCUAGCGAAUGGGGCGUCGCGCGAUGAAAUCAACGAAGAUGCGCUGAAAUGCGCUGUUGAGCGUAAACCGCACGAUACGAACGAGCCCACCGACGGGUGUGCGUACGUCCCGGCGGUCAAGGUUUUGAAACACUUGCACAAGAGUGGGUUUCCGGCGACGGAGGAUGUUAUACACACGGCGUGCGCGUUCGGCGACGUCGAUUGCGUGAGGUACUUGAAGGAGAACUAUGAAUGCUGCGAUUUUGAGAAUAUCUGGCGUGAUUUCAAGAGAUCUGACGGCGAAAACAAUGACAUCAUGAUCGUCGCCGCGCAGGAAGGUCACGUAGACGUUUUGAAGUACUUGUACGAAAACGACUGCGAUUUUUCAGUGCAAGACGCAGAACACGCCAUGCGAGUGGCCACGAGCCGCAAGCCUCGACGCGCUGAUGGGUUCGAAAAAGUCAAGGAGUGGAUGGAAUCUACGGCCGAAUGGCGAGAAUCGCAGGCUGAGAAAGAAAUAGAGGAAUAG